UCGGGAUAUCAGUCCGUGUCCAAUGUUUAAAGAGUUUUGUUUACAAAAUGGAUGAAUUUAAAGCCUGUAAUCUGGAUUACUUUCCCGAAAUCAUUUUAAUUGACGUGUUGUCGUAUUUGAGCGUACGGGAGCUCGUCAGGGCCGGAAGAGUGUGUAAGAGAUGGAAACGCCUUGUCAAAGACCAAAGACUGUGGAGACUUGUCGAUCUGACUGCUUGGAAAGGGGUGACUUCCCGCAUACUUUGGCUCCUGCUGCGUCAGUACCUGGGUUGCGGACUAAGGUGCCUACGGUUGCGUGGUUUGCUGCUUUCUGCCCGUGGCGGCACCUUCCUCUCUGAAUCUUGGCUCAAAGCUUUGUCCACAAAGUGUCCUCGCCUGAGUAAGCUCUAUCUUCUGCAUGCAGACCUGAGAGGCCUGCCCAGUUGCCAGCUCCUACCUCCAUCUUUGCAGGUGCUGGAGCUGCGUGGCUGUGAGCUGCCCAAAGAAUUUUUCAACCAGACUCCUACUUCGGCUGCUGCUUCCCAAGAAGGAGCAGAAGCCACAUCCAGUGUUGGUGCACAACAGCAAAGAAGGGAUCAGAAAGGAAAAGGUGUUGGCUCUCCAUCAGGAAUUGGUAUUGAGAGGUUAGUCCUUAACAGCGUGCCCUCUUUCACAGACCAGCAUCUGCAGAGUCUGACAUCAUGGGAGAGGCUCACUCGCCUGGAGCUGCGUGACACCUUUCGCGUGACAGCUAACGGGCUCAGGAGCUGUGCUGCCAAGGACGGCGCCUGUGGUGUCGAGGGCCUUUCCAGACUCAAGUUUCUAGAAAUAGGCAUCACUGGGCGACAAGGUUACCAGCUACAGAUGGCCUCCCUCGGUCUAGGGACAGGAUGGCUCGGACUGGAGGAGCUGCGUCUGGGUGGUAAGGAGGUGGGUCCAGGCUUGCUCUGUGCCAGCCGUCUGAAGGACCUGAAGUGUCUGUGCCUGUGGGCCUGCACGCUCAGCAAGAUGCAGAUAGUGCGGAGCUGCAGGAUGCUCCGCGGGCUCCGGCGGCUGGAGUUUUUGGACGUGAUCUUCCAGCCUCGGCAGUGUCCACCAGUGGUGGAGGGGGAGGGUGGUGGAGGUGGUGGAGGAGAAGAGCAGGGCAAUGAGGAGGCUGAAGGUGGAGAUAAUAGCAAUGAUGAGAACAAGACACCAGAUAUGAACGAUCCCAUUCCAAGUUUGCGUCGCUCUCUGGCUGUCCUGCUGCCAUCCUGCACACUAGUUUUCACCAACUGCUCUGUUCAGGUAAAUGCAGACUGAAUAAUGUCUCGUCUAGUGCUAUAUACAAGUGUUCAAUCUGGAUAAAACUCUCUUUCACACAGGCAGGCAUAAGUAAUUUUAAAAUCGUGUUAUGGAUAUAAUGAAUGACUUUAGUUUUUACUUUUGUGUCACGUAUAACUAUGCCCAGCGCACAUGGACUUACAAGAUAACAAAUUCAUAGGAGUCAGCUCUGUGGGGGCUGCAUACACAUUUUUAACAAUACAUAAAACAAUUUUAGAGAAAGUCCAAAAAUAGAGAGAAGCAAUUCAGUACAUUUUCACAAUCAGAUAUUCAAACAUUUACGUCAACAAAAGGAAAACAUCACUGACCAAACAUCUACUGUUUAGUACUGUUAAUAAGUGUAAGCUGUGAUUAGAUAGCCUGCCAGAGGAGAAAUACCAGUUCUCUACUGUGCAACUGAAGAUUUUGGCCUCUAGAUAAGCAUAAUGUUACAUAUUGUUGUUACGUGGCCAUACCUUUGUUUAAUAUGCAUAUAUGUCUUUAAUUUUGGUUUUGACAGGAUAUUUUCUCUUGAACUUCAAUAAAAUCUUUCUUUUAAUGGAGCUUGGUUUUCACAUUAUUGAAAACAUCAUCUUGCCAGUAUAUAUCUUGCUCAUGGUAUAUAUUGUCAUAUCGUCCAACUGCUUUAAUAUCUUGGCUUCAUACUUGAUUGCUCUCAUGAAUGCUCACAGAAAUCAACACAUUUUCAGCAUACUCUUUUAAAGUCAGUCACAAUAUAAGACGAAACAUUGAACUGUCACUUCUGGACUGUAAAGACAUAAGCAGGUGUCGGCUACAAAGGCAGAAAACUGAAACAUACUUCUGGCAGUGAUCCACCUGUUUCCUGUUUCUUCCCUCCUUUUCAACAAUGUAUACAUUCAGAAAAUAUAUCUGUUACAAGCAGGUGUUUUGGUUUUGGUGUUACAGAAGAAUUAGUCUUUAUCAAGUCGCCUGUUUCUUUCCCAAUUUUUUCAUAUAUGAUUUUUAGAAAUGAUGAAAUAAGAAAUAAUUGUAGAUGUCUGUUUAUUGUAUUAAUAAAGAAACAUGGAAGACCUGUCAAUGACAUGAACUGUGGUGCAUUUAAACCAACCUUCUUUUAAAAGAGCAGUUGUUUUGAAUAAACUUAUUUUGAAAAAAUUA